CUGCUGGAGCAGCUGCAGCGCCAGGCCACGGCGGACGAGGCGGACGGCGGUUUCCAUAGCAACAGCCCUUUCUGCCUGGGCGAGGGAGAGGAAGUGGAGGUGGACGUCCAGGAAGACUUCCUGUCCUUCGACGCCGACCUUGUGGCGGAGCAGUUGACCUUCAUGGACGCGCUGCUGUUCCAGAAGGUGGUGGCCCACCAGUGCCUGGGCUCCACCUGGUCCCAGCGGGACAAGAAGCAGAAGAAGCAGGGGGGCGCCCCCACCAUCCGGGCCACCAUCACCCAGUUCAACGCCGUGGCGGCGUGCGUGCUCGGCACGGCGCUGCGACACCGCCACAUCCGGCCGCACCUCCGCGCCCGCAUCAUCCAGCGCUGGAUCGACAUCGCCCAGGAGUGCCGCAUCCGUAAGAACUUCUCGUCGCUGCGUGCCAUCGUGUCGGCCCUGCAGUCCAACCCGCUGUACCGGCUGAAGAGGGCCUGGGCCUGCGUGCACAAAGACAGCAUGCAGACCUUUGAGGAGCUGUCGGACAUCUUCUCGGAGCACAACAACUACCUGACGAGUCGGGAGCUGCUCAUGAGGGAGGGCACCUCCAAGUUCGCCAGCCUGGACAGCCGAGACAAGGAGCACCACAAGCGGUCCCAGAAGAGGCUGCAGCUGCAGAGAGACACGGGUGCGAUGCAGGGGACCAUCCCCUACCUGGGCACCUUCCUCACAGACCUGACCAUGCUGGACACCGCCCUGCCCGACUUCGUGGAGGGGGGGCUGAUCAACUUUGAGAAGAGACGCCGGGAGUUCGAGGUGAUAGCUCAGAUCAAGCUGCUCCAGUCGGCCUGUAACAGCUACUGCCUGACCCCCGAGCCGGCCUUCCUCAAGUGGUUCAGGAUUCAGCCGCAGCACAGCGAGGAGGACAGCUAUGCGCUGUCCUGUGAGAUCGAGGGUCUUGGCGACAGCAGUCCCACGUCCCCCAAACCCCGCAAGAGCAUGGUGAAGAGGCUGAGCCUGAUGUUUCUGGGCGGGGAUGUGGCGGCAGCCAGCUCUCCGGUCAGAGAGACUCCCCGGUCGCCCCCUACUGGCAGCUCCGGGGAGAGCAUGGACUCUGUGAGCGUCUCGUCCAGCGACUCGGGCAGCCCGUCGGACAGCGACGGCCUGGCCGCCGUCCACUCCUCGGACGGCCAGCAGAACAAGCUCUCCGAGUCGUCCUCCUGCACCUCCCUCCACUCCAUGGACACCAGCUCCUCCUCCGCCAGCGUUGCCGUGACGCCCGCCUCCCCGUCGCUCCCCGGCCCCCCCUGCUCCCACCGCCGCUCCCUCUCCCUCACCCCCAUGACCCCCACCUCCCCGGCCCAGUCGCCGGCCUACAACCACCAGGCCCAGGACGCCUGCAUCAUCAGAGUCAGCCUGGAGCAGGGCAACGGCAACCUCUACAAGAGCAUCCUGCUGACCAGCCAAGACAAGACCCCCGCAGUCAUCUCCAGGGCCAUGGCCAAACACAACCUGGAGACGGAGCCCGACGACGGCUACGAGCUGGUGCAGGUCAUCUCAGAGGAGAGGGAGCUGUUGAUCCCGGACAACGCCAACGUCUUCUACGCCAUGAACACCUCGGCCAACUUCGACUUCCUGCUGCGCGUGCGGGGCUCGGUGGGACGUCCCGUCCAGCUGCGCAGCCGCUGCAGCGCCUCUCUGCCCCGGGGGGCGGGGCACCGCGCCAGCCUCUCCCUCCGCCUCAGCAAGGUGCCCUUGUGAGGGGGG